ACUCAACAGUGCCGACAGUAUGCUCUGAUGUUCACGAGAUAGUAGAAGUCAAAAAGUUUGCCGGCCAAAUAAAUAGUUUCGGUGUGAACGAGUGGUGUAAAAUUUAUUAAGUAAAAACACGAUUUUUUUUAAUACGAAAAUAUAAACCGAAUAAGAAAAUAUUCAGUGUUUAAAAAUUAAAUAAACAAAGAGACAAAAACAACAAUGACUUCAACGUCUACGAUUAAGAAAGUGUCGUUCUUUAUAGGCGUCAUAUGUUCGCUCCUCGCCUUGGUAUUAAUAGCAUUCGGUGUUUAUGUGCUCGCCUCCUAUAGGGUCAAUGAGGUCGGCACAAUGGCUGCCUAUUCUUAUAUAAUUAUAGGUGUUGGCACAUUAGUUGUAUUCCUGCUGGGAUUUUUUGGCGCAGCGCGUGAAAAUGUCUGUUGUACCGUUGGUUUUAUUGUAUUCCUAUGGGUUGUGAUUAUCGGUCAAAUCGCUAUCACUUUCCUGUUGGUGCGAAGUGAAGACACAGCCGCUUCACAUUUAUCGAAUGUUUUAGAUGUCGCCUGGGAGGAGGAGUUGAGUAGUCCUGGUGCAAUGUCACUAUACGAGACUUGGUUGGGCUGUUGUGGCCGCGCCAGCCCACACGAUUAUAUAGUCAAUGAUCGUAUGCCGCCACUGACCUGCUUCAAGAAUGGCGAUAAUUCGAAAAGUGAAAAUCUCAUUGGCACCGGUUGUCGCAUUGUGUUUGAGAACUACUGGCUGAAUUUAUUGCGUGUCUUCAAUAUAAUCGCUGGCGUGUUGAUUGCCUUAGAGCUAAUUGGCAGCAUGAUUUCGUGUUGUCUAUGCAACAGUAUACGCAAUGAUCAUAGGCGCUCGCGUUAUUAAUUUAAUUGUGCGAUUUCCAAAUUCAAAAAAAGAAAGAAAAAAAAAA